ACCUGAUCCUGAAUCUUUUCUUUCGCACUCAUAAUUUUGUAGUGAUGUAUUGUUCGCCUCGUCUGCGAAAUAACAUACAUGGAUGGGAACAGCACAGUCAACACACUUGUUUCACUGCACUAUUUUGAUCUGACAACAGGCCUCUUCCGGACUUCAGUACUAUCUCGUGACUGCUAUUUAUUACGAAGAAAACGCCUCUCUGCAUCCAGGGAGUGGCUGGCUUCAGGGUGGGCACACUCGGCUGGGCUGCGAUUCGACUUGAACCUCCAGCAGAGCCUGAAUGAUGCUCUCGGCGUCAGCUCGGGUGCCAACGUGAACAAGGUCAAGAGGGAGCAGUCGCCGCAUAUUCUCCUUAGAUGGAUUACAGUAUGGAUGGAUUAGAGUAUAGAAGUAGAACUCAACACGGGACGGCUGAAGAUUGAAUAGCUAGAGAAAUACGUACUGUCGCCGUGGUCGUGUGCAGGGCCUCAGAAAAUUUUGACACAGGUUUACUUAGAAGAACGACGGCUGAGCAAGUCCAUUCCUCGUUUUAUGGUUUAGAUAUGGGCUUGUUAGAUUUGAAAUAUUUAUACACUCAAACAGUCUACUUUACGUUUACCUUUAGAGUGCCUUGGAUUUGCGCUUAAGUUUAAGUAAACUAACUCGUGUCCAGAUGAGUAUCUUGCUCCGUUUUCGCAAGUGGGCAAAUAGGCUACAGGGGUGUAUAUUUAUGCCGCGUCAAUGAUGAGGAAGCGACGGUGAUGGAGAUGACGAAUCACGCAUGGCAGGUCGGAGCAUACAAAUCGCCGCUGCGGCCCAGCUGUGUAGUGUUGGCCCCUGGCGUGAAGCAGUUUCUGACUUUCAAUCCCGGUCCCGGUCGCAGUGUACAAGAUGAGUUACUGGAGGAAGCGGAGGAGAAGUACCAAACGGUCAAGCCGGCGAACGAUCGUAAGUCCUCCUCACUCUGCGUGUUUAUUUUUGGAGAGAGCUUGCCAGUUAAGUUCCUGCAAUGAUUUUCAUAUUCUUUCGGAUGAAUUACGUAGAACGUGAGCCAGACUUCUAGAUCUAGGCGUGCCCCCGCGGUCGAACUGCAGAGCGACAACUUUUCGUUGUUGUUCUUCCCAGGUGGUGCAGGUUCGGGUAGCCUAGUUAUUGCAAUGUUGUGAGAUGCUACAGCUAGUAGAAAAAUUGAUCCAACAAGAAGCUAAUCCUUCCCUUAUUUUAUGAUUUGAUUGCAAAACAAAACAGAAACGGCAAUCAAAAUAAAUGGCGCCGGCAACGAGAUCGACAAAGCCGACGGGUCCAUGUUUCUAGUUACUGAUUUUUUGUGCGAUCUGUAUCAGUCUUCCGUGGUCGUAAAUUGUUGCACAAGUGCGCCGGCUCGGCAGAAGUGCCGUGCCGCGGCAGUGUAUCUGCCGCGCCGGCUCCUCUGUGUUUUCACGGGACCUACAUGCUUGCUUCUCUACGCAGCCGACAGCAGCUCCCUCGAGAAUGAGCCGAGGGAAGGAAGAAACUACGUAUUUGAUUUCAAAAAGAAGUCUUCUUUUGGAGUCUAUCUGAUAGACCCAGAAGUCUGGAUGAACCGUGCGUCGCCGGCGAACAAAGAUAAGGUCUGGAUGGAAUUUAUCCAGACGCAGCGCCACAUCCUACGCUGCCGGCGCGUUUUCCGAUGGGACGACCAGAGCGGCGACAUCCCGAUUCUCGCUGGAGAAGUGAACAACUUCGGAACCCGGGCCCAGAAGGCACUCCUGAGCCCCGGAGGUACAUUAUAGUUUUAUAUUUAUAUAACUAUAUUUAUAAGCUUCUUUCUUACUUUGGUGGGGCAGCAUAUCCAUAUUGCAUCUCCUCGUCUUGUCCUCAGGUUUUUAAGCGUGAAUCGACGCACGACGGAUACCGGCAGGAACAUGGAAGCAGCUGCGUGCUAUCCUUUUAGCAACGGCCGAAUUGCUGGUCGAAGAUGCAAACUGAUCCUCGCUUCUAUUUGCGCAUAUGAAGAAUGAACAUGAAGUCUUUGCGACGUCGCGCGUAUUUAGACUUACUCACUUGAUUUGAUUCAACAUACGCCGAUCAUUAGGAUUGCACUGGCAGGUGGCGCAACCAUUCGAAACUCAGGUUUUCUGAUUAUUCCUUUCGUCGGGAGACUGGGCGAGAAUGUGGUCUUCGAAAACUGCUGGUGUAUCGGAAACGAAUCCGAUUUCCUGAAUGUUUACUCUGGUGGCAGCGAUAUGAAGUGAAAAUAUCAAUAUGCAAAUAAAACACGACCAUGUUGACGCUCAUGCAUAAGAUUAGGAAGAGGUUCUAUGCAUGGAUUCAUUUCUUGUAUUCUUCCACGUCGAACGAAGUACCACUACACUCUCGUACCGAUCGAUUUCACUGCAGGCGAGACGAGCCUCGUCAUAUCAUCUCCUCAUGGUCAUGGUGUGCGUGCAUGUUUUGCGAGGAUUGAGCACGUCACGGGGUAUAAAGAGCUGAAGGACAGGGAAGCAUUGAUUAGGGAUACCCACUGAAAUAAAACUUUGCACCAUUGCCAUCAGUCUGGGACUUUUUUAUGCAUGAAUGAGCGGAAUAAAUUGUAAUUGAAAAUAAUACGUCGAUGUGGUAGUUGUGUGUAAAGAUAAAGAAAGAAACAAGAUUCCCCACAACUGCGCGCAUGAGGCUAGUUUUUUUAUGGCUCCUGAAUGCAUAUAUGAUGGCAGUAGUAGUACAAGUAAUUUUUUGUUUCACAGGCUGACGCCUAACAGACCAGGAACAGUUCUCGCAAUGGAAAGAACACCGGCUCCGGCAAGAGCUGAACAAAAUCCCACGCCAGCUACAAUGCCAACUCCCGUACUCAACCCGAUAUGUGUCUGAGCGAUCACCCGACGCACGAUCGGAAGCUUUGCGUCUACUUUUUGAUCGAAUUCGCUUAGCGGCCAGACUUCCAUCGCUCAGUGGCAGGGAACCUCCGAAGGAGGAACAGUGGAAAAGCCGACCAACUGCGCCGUGUGAUUUCUAUUCGUCUCCGCCCUAUGGAAGCACACAAUCAUGCCCCCUGUCACGAAUGGCAUAUGCCAAAUUGCAAUAUAACUGAAACGCUUGCUGGCUUUGGUCUUGAGCUCUGUACUGCGAAAUUCUCAAAGCCAAAGAAAUUCUGUGACGGGUCAAAGCGCACCUCUUUUCCCAUGCUACCUUUCUAUGCAGACUAUUCAUUCUUGGACCCUCCCUAGGGGCUCUUCGCUCAAAUACUACUAGACAAAUUUCAAAAUAUUCGGGGCAUGUUUUGUUGCAUACACAAAUUAUUCCAGACAAAGAUGAUGUUCGUACCCCUUCGACCGCCAUUUCGGAGUCAGUCCGCCCCUCGUCUCCGAAUACCCAGGAAAACCGGGAACAGGCCGCUUCGUUUGCUUGUUUCGAUGAUCCGACGUUUACAAGCUCAAGCUGGCUCCUAUUCAAUCGAUUCAUCAAGCUGGCUCCUAUUCAAUCAGGCCGAUCGAUUCAUUAAGUUGAGACGACCUGACAUUGUCUCUGAUCCUGCCAACUCGUUCUUGACGGACCUGGAGUUUCUUGGCUUUUUAGCCAACUCGUCUUUGUCGCUUUAUUUGGCGAGUGGAAACCGGGAGGAGCGACAACAAGAAAUGUAAAUCGAUUGCCCUCGCGAAGACUUUUUAGUACUCGCAUAAAUCUACUGCUCCGACCACGGUUGGAUAAAUCUGAAAAGAAAAGGAAGUCCUUCGGGCAUACGAAGCAGCAUCCGCUGUAGAAGAUGCCCGAUGGUCUUCGCCACUGAUUCCAAGUGAAAGAAGAAACCGCACGACUGAGCUGAAAGAAGAACGAAGAGAAAAAAGGCUGAAUCAUAUAAUUUCAGCAUAGCCAGG